CGUAGACUAGAAUUUUAAUGUGUCAUUGUGUAGCUUAUUGCUUGCUAUUAAGCUUAAAAGACAUAUUUACGGAUGAAGAGUGGACUACAAAUCCCAGACAACACAGGGCCAAACUGCCUGUGUUGAGAGGAGACUCCUUUCAGAAACAUUCUUCUGUAACCAGUCUUCAGUUAGAGCGAUAUAUUCUACAUUUCUGGCUACUUCGUUUUUGUUUGCUAGCAUUUAAGAUCGGUAGUUGUUGUUUUUUUCAUUUGAAAUCUGGCCGUCUUAGGGAGUUAGAAACUAUUCGGUAGUAAACACAGUAAAAACGUAUCGGCUCCGUAAGGUAACGUUAGGGCUUGUUAGCUAGUUUACAUUAGCCAGCAGCUACCAGUAGAUUUACGGCUUAUAUCCGAGGCUGCCCUGCCAGGUAGAUCAACUAAAGCUGGAGGCGCUGCUCAGCCACAAUGCUCCGGUCAGUUCAACAAAUCCACAGAAUGCACAUUGGUGAAUAAUUUAUCUAAUUUGGGGAUACAUCGAGGCAACCUUUGUUUGACUUGAGCGCUGCCCGGCUGGUUUGGCCUGUUUCAUUGUCUCCGAACAUCGAAAACAGACAAGUGGUUUCUCACAGUCAGUAGGUUGUUCGGCUAGUCCGGCUAAUUUAGACGUCUUCGUGUAAACAAAACAGUCAGCUGUCGACUCCAGAUAAUCUUAAAAGCUACAAAGAACAGUAUGGCGCAACACGACCACUCUCAUGUAGCCAGUUCACAAAAAGCACUCAUGUUGGAGAUGAAGAGUCUUCAGGAGGAACCUGUCGAGGGAUUCAAAAUAACACUGGUGGACGAGGCUGACAUGUACAACUGGGAAGUGGCCAUUUUUGGGCCCCCAAACACUCAUUAUGAAGGGGGGUAUUUUAAGGCUCGGAUCAAGUUCCCGAUAGACUACCCGUACUCCCCACCUGCCUUCCGCUUCCUCACCAAGAUGUGGCACCCCAACAUCUACGAGAAUGGAGAUGUGUGUAUUUCUAUAUUGCACCCUCCAGUGGACGACCCGCAGAGUGGAGAGCUGCCUUCAGAGAGGUGGAACCCCACCCAGAAUGUCCGGACCAUUUUGCUGAGUGUGAUCUCGCUGCUGAAUGAACCCAACACCUUCUCUCCUGCCAACGUGGACGCCUCCGUCAUGUACCGCAAAUGGAGGGACAGCAAGGGCAAAGACCGGGAAUACGUAGAGAUCAUCAGGAAACAGGUGUUGGCAACCAAGGCGGAAGCUGAGCGCGACGGCGUGAAGGUGCCCACCACACUGGCUGAGUACUGCGUCCGCACACGCGCCCCGGCCCCCGACGAAGGCUCGGACCUCUUCUAUGACUAUUACUACGACGACGACGAUGUGGAGGGCGAGGACGGAGACUGCUGCUACGACGAAGAUGACUCAGGCAACGAGGAGUCGUGACAAGCUUUCUGACCGAACCUCGCUGACAUACGCUACCUGUUUUUUCCGUCUGGGUCGCCAGAAAUUCUUGGAUCAACAUCCGAGAAAGAUUUGAAGCUUCCCACGUCUAAACCAAUGAGAAGAGCUGUUUUUUCCCCCCAAGGCCACUGAGUUAUUUUUGGAGGCGAAGAUCGACGCGCCGUUGUGGAAUGGUCGGACCUGGUUAACAUUUGCACCAGCACAAAAGUCAUGAAUUUCUUUAGUUUUGCAUUUUCAUUAUCACCCAAAACCUUACUUUGAGAGAAUAUUAAAUAAUCCCUUUGAG